AUGGUUUACCUUUUGACUCUUGUUGGAAACCUUCUGAUCAUCACACUGGUGGUCUACAGCAAGACCCUUCAAACCCCCAUGUACUUCUUCCUUGCUCAACUCUCCUUAUGUGAUAUUAUGAUAACCACAGAUAUUGCCCCAAAUGUGCUUCAUGUUUUACUUAAUAAAGGUGCAACAAUGUCCUUCACAAACUGUAUUUUCCAGCAAUAUAUUUUUGUAGUGAUGGAAUGUACUGAAUGUCUUCUUCUGACAGUGAUGUCUUAUGACCGAUAUUUGGCCAUCUGUAACCCUUUGCAUUAUACUACUAUAAUGAAUGAGUUGUUUUUUGCACAAAACUUACCAUCUUUUCUUGGUUGUUUAGCAUUUUUUCCAUGA